AGACCUGGGUGGGAGUUGGCAAUCCACCUCCCAUCCUUCCCAGGGGUCCUGGCCUGCCCGCUGCGCCCUGCCAGGUCCUCGGUGGUGCCUGCAUCCUGAGCAUCCCGGCCAGAGGCCAGAGAGCCGGGCUCGGCUCAGAGCCUCCGCUUGGACCACUGCCCCCCUGGCACCGCGCCACUGCCUUCGGUCCCUCCCCAAAAGGACGCAGGCCACGCCCGCCCUCCCGGCCUCAGCUCUCCCGCCAGUCCUCCCUCGGCCAGCCCAGCGCGUCCCUCCUGCCGGUGCAGCAUGGCCUCCUCGGUGCGGCCCGCCGUCCUGGCUGCCACUGCGCUGGUGCUGUUCCUGCUGCUGUGUGUGGGCCCACGCGCCACGCGUGGAAAUACACUCAAGCUGAUGCUUCAGAAGCGGGAAGCAUCCGCUCCAAAGAAAACUGAUGUGGCUGUGGCUGAGAGCAAGGCUAAAAGCUUCCUCGGCAGCCUGAGGCGCCAGCGCCGGCAGCUGUGGGACCGGACCCGGCCGGAGGUGCAGCAGUGGUACCAGCAGUUCCUCUACAUGGGCUUCGACGAGGCGAAAUUUGAAGACGACGUCGCCUACUGGCAGAGCAGAGGCCGGAACGGACAUGACUACUACGACGACCACCACCGUCACUACGACGAGGACGCUGCCAUCGGUCCCCGGAGCCCCGACAGCUUCCGGCAUGGAGCCAGCGUCAACUACGACGACUACUAACCGGGGUCCUGCCUGUCCGGUGCCAGGAGGAUCCCUCUCCUCCUCCUAACCUGGCACAGGUGGCCUCUGUCGUGCUUUGUUUCGGCUGCUCUUUUCCGCCCACUUUCUGUGACCAGAAAAAAAGCGUGCAAACAACGAAUAUAAAUGCCUUUUUAUACAGCUUAUGCAAGUGCCAGAAAGUGCAUUUCAUUAAAAAUAGCAAUAAAAGCAUUUUGUUAA